GCGAGGAGUCAUGGUCAGCGUGGAUACUUAGAGCUUUGAAAUUCCAAUUUGCCCCCGAGGCGUGUGUAGCUGAGGUUUAAAUUGCUGAACGAAGUGAGCAGUCUUGCUGUUGCUUUAGCACACCCUCUCAAGUGUCUCCCUUCUGACUUGCGCCGGCACAGCGGCCAAGUCGACUGGCCGUGGCGAGACUAGCCUGUGGCUGAGGUGAACUGAGGAAGCGUGAGAGCACGCCAUGUUCGUCCCCUGCUCGGGAUGGCGGCUGGGCUGCCUCCGGCUCUGUCUGCUCCGAGUGUGGGCCAGCGAGGUCGCGGGGCGCUGUGCGUGCGGGGCCUGUCAGGCCCGGCUGUACGGCUCAGGUGGGUCCCAGCCCGACGUCUCUCGGUCUGGUCCCGCGCGCCGGACUCUGAAGGAGUGGGCACUUCUGGUGAGCCCUUUCGGCCGGCUGCGGACGCGGCUCCCGUGCUCCCUAGCCGUGAGGCCCUUGGACCCUCUCACCUACCCGGAUGGCGACCGCGUGCUGGUGGCGGUGAGCGGAGUGGAGGGUGGGGCCGUGGCCAGCCUGCAGGUGAGGUACGACGAGGCGCAGAAGGAGGUGGCCAUCGUGUCUGAUGUCAUCGACCCCCAGGCGUCCGUGGAAGUGAACGCGCCCCUGAAGUUUGAUUUGAAUAUCAAGUCAUCAGGAUCUGGCUGUGUAAAAGUCCAAAAUAUUGAGUGUGAUAAUUGCAAAAUUGAAACCGAACAGGGGACCAGCAUCUUACAGUCAGUUAAGAGUCAAAAAUUACAUAUUCAAACAAAAGGAGGUAAAGUGAUCUGCCUGGGAACAGUUUAUGGAAAUAUAGAUAUUCAUGCAUCAGAUAAAAGUACUGUGACCGUAGAUAAACUGCAGGGAAGUUCUGUUAAUGUAUCUACUGAAGAUGGUUUGCUGAAAGCCAAGUGUCUUUACACAGAAUCAUCAUUUCUAUCUUCUGCUGCUGGGGAUAUUACAUUAGGAAGUGUUCAUGGUAAUAUAACAUUACAAAGCAAGAUGGGUAACAUCACAGUAGAUUCGUCUUCUGGAUGUCUAAGUGCCUCGACUUAUCAGGGUGCCAUAGAUGUUUAUGUCAGCCAACUGGGAAAAGUGGAAUUGAAAUCCCAUAAAGGAUCUGUUCUUGUCAAGGUUGCAUCUUCUCUUCAAGCUUAUUUACAGUUAUCAGGGAAAGAGAUUGAUGUGAACUCAGAAGUCCAUGUUGAAGAAAUGGAUGAAGCUCAUAAAGAUGACGGUAUAAUAAUUACUGGCCUCCUGAAUCAAGCAAGCAAACAUGAAAAAUGGAUUAAGGCUGAUGCUCCAAAAGGCACUGUAAGCUUUAGAAGCCAAAGCUGGUUUCAGUCCCUGAAACUGCAGGACUAAGAAUGGUUUGAGUUAUGUUUCUAAAUUUUAACAACGAUUAGUAGAUCUGUGACUACAAAAACUCAAAUACCACUGUUCAUAUAAAUGUUGAAAACAAUAAAUUGGGAUGUCUUGGGGCAGCCUUUUCAAAAUUUGUACUUAGCUAUUAGUUUUCUUCUGUAACAAAUUACCACAAACUUAUUGACUUAAAAUAAUACCUGUUUGCCCUGGGAUCUCCUGGACCCUGACUCCACCCAGCAGUAACCCAGCACUAGCCCCAGGGCCUCCCAGGGUUCUGCCAUCAACCAUCAACCAGUGGACAGCAGCAUCUGCACAAGGCAGGACCUGGCAACCAAGCAGACCAGGGGCCAACCUAGCCUAUCAGACCACGUACAUAGUCAGCCUGCCAAAACAGAAAGACCCACACAACCCUCAUAGGAGGAACCCCUAGAGCAUAUAACUGUUGAGAGGAGAGUGCACUGCUGGAACACAAAAGGUCACUUCUUCAAGGUUGGGAAACGUAACCAACCUACCAGGUACAUAAAAAUAAAAACAACUAGUUAGGCAAAAUGAGGCAACAGAGGAACAUAUUCCAAACAAAGGAUUAAGUUAAAACACCAGAAAAAGAACUAAGUGAAGUGAAGAUAUGCAAUCUAACCAAGAAAGAGUUCAGGAGUGUGAUUGUACAGAUGAUCAAAGAACUCGGGAAACAAAUGGAUGCACAGAGUGAGACAUUAGAAGUUUUUAACAAAGAGUUAGAAAAUAGAAAGAACAACCAAAGAGAGAUGAAGAAUACAAUAACUGAAAUGAAAAAUACACUAGAGGGAAUCAGUAGUAGACUAAAUGAUACAGGGAAAUGGAUUAGUGAGCUGGAAGACAGAGUAGUGGAAAUCAGUGAUGCUGAAGGAAAAAAAAAGAAAUGAGGACAGUUUAGGAGACUUCUGGGACAUCAAGCUCACUAAUAUUUGCACUAUAGGAUUCCCAGAAGGAGAAGAGAAAGAGAAAGGGGCUGAGAACAUAAUUGAAGACAAUAGCUGAAAACUUCCCUAACCUGGGAAGGGGAAACAGACAUCUAAGUCCAGGAAGUGCAGUGAGCACCAUACAGGAUUAACCUAAAGAGGCAGACACCAAGACACAUUGUAAUUAAAAUGGCAAAAAUUAAAGACAAAAGAGAAUAUUAAAAGCAGCAAGGGAAAAGCAACAUGUUACAUAAAAGGGAAUUCCCAUAAGGCUAUCACCUGACUUUUCAAAAGAAACUCUUCAGGCCAGAGCAGCAUGGCAUGAUAUAUUUGAAGUGAUGAAAGGGAAAAACCAAAACCCAAUAAUACUCUGCAAGGCUCUCAUUCAGAUUUGAUGAAGAGAUAAAAAGCUUUACAGAGAAGCAAAAGCCAAGAGUUCAGCAUCACCAAAUCGGCUUUAAAGAAAUGUUAAAGGAACUUCUGUAAGCAAAAAAGGACACAAGAAACAUGAAAAUCAUGAAAGGAGAAAGCUCAUUGGUAAAAGCAAACAUAUAGUAAAGGUAGGAAAUCAUUCAUGCACAAAGCUAGUAGGAAGGUUGAAAGACAAAAGUAGUAAAAUUGUCUAUAUCCACAAUAAGUAGUUAAGGGAUACACACACAAUUAUAUGUAAAAAGUGAUAUCAAAAACAGUAAUCAUGAGGGUAGGAGAGUACAAAUUCUGCGUUGUUAAAAUGCAUUGGAAAUUAAGAGAUCAGCAACUUCAAACAAUCGUGUAUAUGUAGAUUGCUAUAUGUAAAUCUCAUGGUAACCACAAACCAAAAAUCUAUAAAAGAUACACACGCAAAAAAGAAAAAGGAAUCCAAACAUAACACUAAAGGUAGUCAUCAAAUCACAAAAGAAGAGAACAAAAGAAGGAACAAAAAAGACAUACAAAAACAACCCCAAAACAGUGAACAAUAUGGCAAUAAGAAUAUACAUAUCAAUAAUUACUUUAAGUAUAAAUGGAUUAAAUGCUCCAAUCAAAAGACAUAGAGUGACUGAAUGGAUUAAAAAACAAGACUCAUAUAUAUGCUGCCUACAGGUGACUCACUUCAGAUCUAAAGACACACACAGACUGAAAGUGAGAGGAUAGAAAAAGGUAUUCCAUGCAAAGGGAAAUCAAAAGAAAGCCAGGGUAGCAAUAUUUAUAUCAGAUGAAAUAGACUUUAAAACAAAGACUGUAAGAAAAGACAAAGAAGGACAUUACAUAAUGAUCAAGGGAUCAAUCCAAAGAGAAGAUACAGCAAUUAUAAAUAUAUAUGCACCCAGCAUAAGCAAAGCUAAACACACAAAGCAAAUAUUAACAGACAUACGGGGAGCAAUGGACAGUAACACAAUAGUAGUAGGGAAUUUAAUACCCCAUUUACAUCAAUGGACAGAUCAUCCAGACAGAAAAUCAAUAAGGAAACACAGGCCUUAAAUGAUACACUAAACAAGAUGGAACUUAUAUAAACAUUCCAUCAGAAAGCAGCAGAAUACACAUUCUUUUCAAGUGCACAUGGAACAUUCUCCAGGAUAGAUAACAUGCUAGGCCAGAAAACAAGCCUUGGUAAAUUUAAGAAAAUUGAAAUCAUGUCAAGCAUCUUUUCUGACCACAAUGCUGUGAGACUAGAAAUCAACUACAAGAAAAAAGAAAAACCUGCAAAAAAUAUAAACAUGUGGAGGCUAAACAAUAUGCUACUAAACAACCAAUAGAUCACUGGUGAAAUCAAAGAAGAGAUAAAAGAAUACCUGGAGACAAAUGAAAACAAAAACACAACAAUCUAGAAUCUCCGGGAUGCAGCAAAAGCAGUUCUCAGAGCACAGUUUAUAGCAAUACAAGCCUGCCUCAGGAAACAAGAAAAAUCUCCAAUACACAACCUAACAUUACACCUAAAGGAACGAGAAAAAGAAAAACAAACAAAACCCAAAAUUAGUCAAAGGAAAGAAAUCAUAAAGGUCAGAGCAGAAAUAAAUGAAAUAGACUCUUAAAAAAAAAAGAAAAGAUCAGAGAAGCUAAGAGCUGGUUCUUUGAAAAAAUAAAGAAAAUUGAUAAACCUUUAGCCAGAUUCAUGAAGAAAAAAAGAGGAUCCAAAUUAAUAAAAUCAGAAAUGAAAAAGGGGAAGUUACAACUGAUGCCAUGGAAAUAGAGGAUCAUAAGAGACUACUAGAAACAACUAUGUGUCAAUAAAAUGGACAAUGUUGAAGAAAUGGGCAAAUCCUAGAAAUGUACAGUCUUCCAAGAGUGAACCAGCAAGAAGCAGAAAAUAUGAACAGACCAAUUAGAAAUAAUGAUAUUGAAUUAGUAAUAAAAAAACCCUUCCAACAAACAAAAGUCCAUGGCCUGAUGGCUUCACAGAUGAAUUCUGCCAAACAUUUAGAGAAGAGUUAACACUUACGCUUAUUAUACUAUUCCAAAAAAUUGCAGAGGAAGGAACACUUCCAAACUGAUUCUACAUGGCCAGCAUCACCCUGAUACCAAAAGUAGACAAAGAUAUCUCACACAUACACAAAUUACAGGCAAUUAUCACUGAUGAACAUUGAUGUAAAAAUCUUCAAUAAAACAUUAGUAAACCGAAUCCAACAAUACAUCAAAAGGAUCAUAUACCAUGAUCAAGUGGGAUUUAUCCUAGGGAUGCAAGAAUUUUUCAAUAUCCACAAAUCAAUCAGUGUGAUACGCCACAUUAAUGAAGAAUAAAAACCAUAUGAUCAUCCCAAUAGAUGCAGAAAAAGCUUUUGACAAAAUUCAGCAUCCAUUUGUGAUUAAAAACUCCCAGAAAGUGGGCCUAGAGGGAACACACCUCAACAUAAUAAAGGCCAUAUAUGACAAACCAAUGCUAACAUCAUACUUAGGGGUGAAAAGCUGAAAGCAUUUCCUCUAAGAUCAGUAACGACAAGGAUGCCCAUUCUUGCCACUUUUAUUCUGCAUAGUUUUGGAAGUCCUAGCCACAGCAGUCAGACAAGAAAAAGAAAUAAAUGGAAUCCAAAUUGGAAAGGAAGAAGAAAAACUGUACUGUUAGCAGAUGACAUACUAUACAUAGAAAAUCCUGAAGAUACCACCAAAAACUACUAGAGCUCAUCACUAAAUUUGUGAAGUUGCAGGAUACAAAAUUAAUACACAGAAAUCUGUUGUGUCUCUAUACACUAACAAUGAACUAUCAAAAAGAGAAAUUAAGAAAACAAUCCCAUUUACCAUCACAUCAAAAAGAAUAAAAUACCUAGGAAUAAACCUGCCUAAGUAGGUAAAAGACCUGUACUUGGAAAACUAUAAGACACUUACAAAAGAAAUUGAAGGCAAUCCAAACAGAUGGAAAGGUAUGCUGUGUUCAUGGAUUGGAAGAAUUGAUAUUGUAAAAUGACCAUACUAGCCAAGGCAAUCUACAGAUUCAAUGCAAUCUAUAUCAAAAUACCAAGGGCAUCUUUUUCACACAACUAAAAUAAUUAUUCCUAAAAUUUGUGUGGAAACACAGAAGACCCUGAAUAACUAAAAAAAUCUUCAGAAAGAAGAACAGAGCUGGAGGAAUCAUGCUCCCUGUCUUCAGACUAUACUGUAAAGCUACAGUUAAUCAAAACAGUGUGGAAUUGGCACAAAAACAGAUAUGUAGAUCAGUGGAACAGAAUAGAGACCCAGUAAAUAAACCCACACACUUAUAGUCAAUUAAUCUAUGACAAAGGAGGCAGGAAUAUAUUACAGUGAAAAAAAGUCUUUUCAAUAAGUGGUGCUGGGAAAACUGGACAGCUACAUGUAAAAGACUAGAAUUAGAAUAUUCUCUAAAACCAUAUGCAAAAACAAACUCAAAAUGGAUUAAAGAUCUAAAUGUAAUACCAGAAAGCAAAACUUGUAGAAGAAAGCAUAGGCGGAACACUCUUUGACAUAAAUUGUAGCAAUAUUUUGGGAGAUCUGUCUGCUGAAGCAAAGGAAAUAAAAGCAAAGAUAAACAAAUGGAACCUAAUUAAAUUUAAAAGCUUUAGCACAGCAAAGGAAAUCAUCGACAAAAUAAAAACGCAACCUACUGAAUAGGAGAAAAUAUUUGCAAAUGAUAUGACCCAUAGAGGUUUAUAUCCAAAAUAUACAACAGCUUUUACAACUCAACAUCAAAAAAAAAAAAAAAAGAAAAAAGAAACCUGAUUAAAAAAUGGGCAGAAGACCCAAAUAGAUAUUUUUCUAAACAAGUCAUACAGAUGGGCACAGGCACUUGAAAAGAUGCUCAACAUCAUUAAUAAUCAGAGAAAUUCAAACUAAAACCCCAAUGAGAUAUCACCUCACAUUUGUCAAAAUGGCUAUCAUUGUAAAAGAUCACAAAAAAUGUUGGCAAGGAUGUGGAGAAAAGGCAAACUUCUUACACUUGGUGAGAAUGUAAAUUGGUGCAGCCACCAUGGAAAACAGUAUGGAGGUUUAUCAAAAAAACAAAAAAUAGGACUAACAUGACCCAGCAAUUCCACUCCUGGGUAUUUAUCUGAAAAAAACAAAAAUACUAAUUUAAAAAGAUACAUGCACCCCAGUAGUCAUAGCGUUAUUUAUAAUGGGUAAAAUAUGGAAGCAACCUAAGUGUUCAUUAACAGAUGAAUGGAUAAAGAAGAUGUGGUACGUACAGACACACACACACACACACACACACACACACACACUGGAAUACUACUCAGCCAUGAAAAAGAAUGAAAUUUUGCCAUUUGCAGCAACAUGGAUGGACCUGGAGAGUAUUAUGCUAAGUGAAAUAAGUCAGAGAAAGACACUGUAUGAUAUCACUUGUAUGUGGAAUGUAAAAAAUAAAACAAACUAGUGAAUAUAACAAAAAAGAAGCAGACUCACAGAGAACACACAUCAGUGGUUACCAAUGGGGAGAGGGAAGUGGGGAGGGGCAGGAUAGGGGUAGGGGAUUACGAGGUACAAACUACAAUAUAUAAAAUAAGCUACAAGGAUAUAUAGUACAACACAGGAGAUAUAGCCAAUAUUUUAUAAUAACUAUAAAUGGAGCAUAACCUUUAAAAAUUGUCAAUCACUAUGUUGUACACCUGAAACUUAUAUAAUAUUGUAUAUCAACUACCUCAUUAAAAUUUUUUGAAAAAUAAAAUCAGUUGUAAAGCUGAAAAAACUAAUACUAACACCUGUUUAUCAGCUCAUAGUUCUGUAGGUCGAGCUCAGCAUGGUUAGAUUCUCUGCUCGGGUUAUCCACAAGGCUGGACUUAAGGUAUUGUCCAGGCUGAGCUCUCAUCUAGAUGAUCUGAGGAAUAGUCUACUUCCAGGCUCAUUCGUAUUGUUGGCAAAAUGCAGUUCCUUGUGACUGUGUGACUGAGAUCUCUGUUUCCAUGCUGGCUGUCAGUUGGCAAUCACUCUAAAUUUCUAGAGGCCACCUGCAUCUCUUUUAUAUGGCCUUCUCUUCAGGCCAGCACUAAUGCAAUCAGUCCUUGUCAUGCUGUGAAUAUCUGAGCUCUUUUUCUGCAGCCACCUUGGGAUAACUCUGCUUUUAAAGAGCUCAGAGGAUUAGGUCAGGCCUACUCAGGAUAAUCUUUGUUUUGCCAUAUAAUGUAACAGUCAUGGAGUGAUAUCUCAUCACAUUCAUAGUUUCCACUUAUACUCAAGAAGAAGACAUUUUACAAAAAUAUAGGUAAUAGGGGGCAGCUAUUUUGAAAUUCUUUGUACCAGAGCUCUUGUGUAACAUGUUUUCUACUUACUAUUGUGCUUACUAUGACAACAGUAUAACUUUAAGCUGUGAAUAAAACACAUCACAAAUAUGA